AUGUGUUCAAGAUACGACAAUGCUAAUGUGUGGAAGAUCUUUGCAGAUUUGUUCGAUUAUUUUCCUCUUAUAGCACUGGUUGAAUCUGAAAUCUUUUGUCUCCAUGGUGGAUUAUCCCCCUCCAUUGAAACCCUUGAUAACAUAUGUAAUUUCGACCGUGUUCAAGAAGUUCCUCAUGAGAGGCCAAUGUGUGAUCUUUUAUGGUCCAACCAUGAUGAUCGUUCUGGUUGGGGUAUCUCUCCUAGGGGUGCUGGAUAUACUUUUGGCCAAGACAUAUCAGAGCAGUUCAACCAUACCAAUAAUUUAAAGCUAAUUGCUAGAGCACACCAACUAGUACAGGAAGGAGCACGCGCGGCGCACGAGCAAAAGGCAGUUACUACAUUUAGUGCACCUAAUUAUUGUUAUCGAUGCGGCAACAUGGCAUCUAUCCUGGAAGUUGAUGACUGCAAGGGCCACACUUUUAUUCAGUUUGAGCCAGUACCCAAGAGGGGAGAGCCGGAUGUAACACGGAGAACACCAGAUUAUUUCCUAUAAAUGCAACACUCCAAUUAUUGCUAAAUCUCAAGCGGCAAGGUGUGUCUGCUAGCUAUUUUUUCAAGUUGGGAGCUAUUUUUUCCAAAUUAAAGAGCCUAUAAUUUUGGGAUGAUAGUGAAAGGGUGUUGGAAAGAAUGCAAAAUCAGCAUAUAAAGGCUUCCUUUGACUCUCAG